AUGGUGCACACAUCUCUUGAUAUGGUAAACAAGAAGGUCUCUGAAAUGGGAAAGGCCCUCAUGGAUCAGAGGGAGCUGUAUCUGGGAUUUCUGAACCCCACAGAAAGCUACAAAGUAUAUGGCUAUGUGACAGAUUCCAAGGUGAAGUUUGUUAUGGUGGUGGAUUUCUACCAUACAGCACUUUGAGACAAUGAAAUUCAAAGUAUGUCUUGAAAGCUACCUAAUUGCUACACAGAUGUCAUGUGCAACCUCUUCUAUAAUCCAGGAGACCAUAUUCAUUUUAGGGCGUUUGAUAACAUUGUGACUUCCAUGAUAGUGCAGGUUUGUUGA